AUGAGAGGGAGCCGGCGAUUUUCUCAAGCGAAUGAAGAAAUCAGAACGGUAUUGAUAACCGGUGCAAAUGGGUUUAUUGCUAGUCACAUUAUCGAACAACUUCUUACAACAACCAACUACAACGUUCGCGCAUCGGUACGCAACAUUCAAGACACAUCCAAAGUUGCACACUUGGUUACUUUUCCCAACGCUCAACGCCGACUCCGAUUAUUUGAAGCAGACAUUUUAGACGAAGGUGCAUUCGACAAUGCUAUGAAAGACGUCCAAGUCGUUUUUCACGUAGCCGCUCCGUAUUUCCUGACGGUUGAUAACCCGUAUCGAGAACUCAUCGAGCCGUCAGAGACGGGCACGUUUAAUGUGUUGACAUCAGCGAUAAAGAGUGGACGUGUGCAUACCGUGGUGCUGACGUCGUCGAUGCGUGCCAUUGCCGACAGACCUCGCGAGAAAGAGUAUACCGAAGACGAUUGGAACAAUGAAAGCAAUUUGAAAAGAAAUCCUUACUUUUAUUCAAAAGUAAAGGCAGAGAGAUCUGCUUGGGAUUUCUAUGAGAGGUCAAUCAGACUUAUGGGUGUUGCUCCGUUUAGACUCGUAACAAUUAACCCUGCCAUGGUUAUUGGUCCUUCUCAUACCAAGAAAAUGAAUCAAAGCGCAAGGGUAUUAUUUGACAUAAUUAAAGGAGAAAUCCCGGUACAAGUCAAUUUAAGUUUUUGGCUUGUCGAUGUGAGAGAUGUUGCAAAGGCUCACAUUCUAGCAGCGCAGAACCCCUACGCAUCUGGUCGUUAUAUCUGUGCUUCCAAAACUCUCAGUAUGGUCGAAAUCAUCAGUUUACUUAAACAACGAUUUCCCGAUUACAAGUAUCCCUGGUCAUUGACUAUUCCAAAUGUCGCUGCUAAAAUAGUCUCUAGCAUGCGUAACCCGGCUGGCUAUGUUUCGUAUGUAAAGACCAACGUUGGGAAAGGAGCGUAUAAAUUCAACAAUAAUAAAAUUCGAAAUGAACUUGGACUCGAGUUUCGAGCAGUAGAAGAGUCGUUAUGGGACCAGGCAGCCGAUUUUAUUAGAUGGGGACAUAUGCCUGACAAGCUUUCUAAUGAUUGGGCAUAUAGGGUGCCGGCCGCUAUUAAGGACGCUGAUGUUGCUAGAGCAUAUGGAUGGGGAUUUAAUAAUUUUGUGGAUGACGAUUCUGACAAAGACAUUGGAUAG